GAAGCAGUGAAGUUGGACUCACUUCUCAGUCCAUGGCAUAUGCGCUCUUACUUUGAAGAGAAUCCUCAGGCACAGGACACACAGAACCAGUUUUACAAAGGCUUUUGCUGAGACAAACAUACACCGACAUGGAGGAUGACGGACAUUCCUUUGGGGAGUACUUUGUACAUCGGCAGGUUCUGGAUGAAUUAAGUCUCGAUGAGGUGGCACAAAAAGGAAUUUGGUCCACGAAGCCAUCCUUCAGUGAACGCAUGAAAGACACCCUGAGGUGCUCAGUGCCCCGGGCAAAAGAAUUAGUGUUGAGCUGGGUCCCUGUCCUUGGCUGGCUUCCUAAAUACUCCAUCAGAGAAAAUGCGGUUGGAGACCUGAUCUCUGGCUGCAGUGUGGGCAUCAUGCAUAUUCCGCAGGGCAUGGCAUAUGCUCUUCUGGCUUCUUUGCGGCCAGUGUUUGGCCUCUACACUUCCCUCUAUCCGGUGCUGGUCUACUUCAUUUUUGGCACUUCCAAACAUGUCUCCAUUGGUACUUUUGCAGUGAUCAGCAUCAUGAUCGGGAGUGUGUCAGAGCGGUUUGCACCAGACAGUAACUUCAUCGUUAACGGUACCAACGGGACAUCGACUGUGGAUAUCGAUGAACGAGACGCUUACAGAGUACAAAUAGCCUGCUCCGUCACAGUCCUGGCAGGGCUGUUUCAGAUUCUGUUGGGUGUGUUGAGAGUUGGUUUUGUGGUCACCUACCUUUCUGAGCCACUUGUUCGAGGCUAUAUGACAGGAUCCGCAUGUCAUGUGUUAGGCUCUCAGCUCAAAUAUUUGUUUGGAGUUACUCCGGCUCGUUUCUCUGGUCCCCUCUCUCUCAUUUAUACUGUGGUGGAAGUAUGCCGCUUGCUACCUCAGACGGUCAUGUCAGAACUUGUGGUCAGUCUGGUGUCGCUCGCUGUUCUCAUUGUGGUCAAGGAGAUCAAUGCCUGCUACAGGCAGAAAAUGCCCAUGCCUAUCCCCAUAGAACUUAUAGUGGUUAUAGCAGCUACAAUCAUCACUCACUUCUGUGGCCUUCCUGCCAAAUACAACAUUGAUGUUGUCGGCGAGAUCCCGAGUGGGCUUAAGGCCCCUCGUGCUCCAGAUGUGACACUCUUCUCUGCGGUGAUAGGUGACGCUUUUGCUGUGGCCAUUGUGGGCUAUGCCAUCACUAUUUCUCUUGGUAAAACAUUUGCCCUCAAACAUGGCUACAAGGUGGAUAGCAACCAGGAGUUAGUUGCUCUUGGCCUCAGCAACACUGUUGGAGGCUGUUUUCAGUGUUACUCCGUGACUGGUUCUAUGUCGCGAAGCCUCAUUCAGGAGAGCACUGGGGGAAAGACUCAGGUUGCAGGACUGAUUUCUUCAAUCAUCGUCCUCAUUACGAUUUUAAAGAUAGGAUCUCUUUUUCAAGAUCUCCCUAAGGCUAUCUUAUCCACAAUCGUGUUUGUGAACUUAAAGGGAAUGUUCAAGCAGUUCAUGGAUGUGCCUAUGCUGUGGAGGACCAACAGGUUUGAUUUGCUUGUGUGGCUGGUAACUUUCACAAGCACUAUUCUACUCAACUUGGACCUUGGUUUGGCUGUCUCCAUUGGCUUUUCUAUACUGACCGUCAUCUUUAGAACACAGCUGUCACACUAUUCAAUCUUGGGCCAAGUGCCAGCCACUGACUUGUACCUGGACAUAGACACAUACAAAGAGGCUAAAGAGAUUCCAGGCAUUAAAAUCUUCCGUUCUUCUACUACCAUCUACUACAGCAAUGCUGAGAUGUACCUGGAGGCCUUACAAGAGAAGAGUGGGAUUCAAAUUGGGAAGCUUCUGGCAGCUAAGAAGAAACAUGCAACGCUGAAGCAACAAGAGAAAAAUAAAGCUGAACAAGAGAAGAAAAAUGAAAUGGUCGGUGACCUGACCGAUGACACGUACUCUUUGAGAGAGAAAAAAAGGGAACAGUUCUGUGCCCAACUGGAAGGGCAUAAAGAAGUGGAAUCUCCAGGGAAUGUGAUGUGUAACGGCCAAGUAAACUGGGCUUACCAAGCCGACGUGUCCGAUUCAGUUUACAACACGGUUUAUGACGACAACGUCACACAGGUUUCAAAAGACAGCGAUAAAAAGAGCGGACUCGCCAAUGGAUGCCACAGCAUCAUCUUGGAUAUCUCCACAACCAGCUUUGUGGACACUGUUGCUGUGAAGACCUUGAAAAAUUUAUUCAGGGACCUACAAGGAAUUGAUGUGGACGCGUAUCUAGCCGGCUGCCAAUCCUGUGUGGUGGAGCAGCUGGAAAGGGCAGAGUUCUUCUCAGAGUCCAUUCCAAAGAGCAAUCUGUUCGUCACUAUUCACGAUGCGGUGCUUCACAUUCUCAAGAAACUGGAACAGAGCGACGUUAUCCUUGAUGUUUCCUGCAAUACCCAGAUGUGACCAGCAGAGGGAAGCAUGCUUCAACUUCAUUUUCCAUCUUGUUCUCGCCCGUUGGUCACCAUUGGUGCACAACGUCUCCUCCUCCCUUACCAGGGGAGAGUCCACCACCAUAACACAGUGGAUUGGUUGCCAAGGAAUUACAGGGAGCCGUUGCCCUGACAACAGUCUUUUUGUUACAUUCACUAAUGAAAUGGCCAGCUAUACGUCACUGCAUCUACUCCAGGACUCUGAGAGGGGGUUGAGUGGGAGAAUGUAUUACAGGACUAAUAGGAAUAGGUAUUUUUAGACUAUAGGAUAGCUGUAAGAGAAAACUACAAUGUCAAUGUUUCUAUCCACAACGUGUGUAGUCUGGGGAGCCCUCUGCUGUCUCAGAUACAGAGCUAAUCAAAAAAAUGUAAAUAUUUGUUAUAUAAAUAGCUGGCUCAUAACAUAUGCGAGAGGUUCUUUCAUAUUGGCUUCAAAGAUUAAAAAAGAGGUAACGUUUAGUUCCCGCCAUGUUUAAUUCCUGUUAUGUUUAAAGAGGGCAGGAACUAUUGAACUCAGCGCGGUUGUAUUUAUAGUCGGUAUUCAUGCGCAUCAUGAGCUCUAUUUCAAGAACACCAUAUGUUAGCAUUUUUCACAUGUUUUGGUAUGCAGAAUA